CCGUGUUUGGUGGUGUAUACCUUUAACAAAAAAAAAAAAAAAAAAGGGAAAAAAUCUGAAUAGUGCGUCUUUCGUCUAAACGUCGUACGUGGUCUGCGAGCUGAACAGAUUUAAUUUUGCGGUCACAUUGUCAACAUAUAGGGCACGUUUGAAAUGCCCGUCAGGCGGGGACACGUGGCCCCCCAAAACAGUUACAUCGAGACCAUCAUCCGAAAGUUCGAUGAGCUCAAUCGGAGCUUUGUGGUGGCCAACGCGUUGGCGGAUGGCGGGCCCAUCAUCUACUGCAAUGAACGCUUCUGCCAGAUGGUCGGCUACACUCGGGCCGAGAUCAUGCAGAAGCCGGCCGUCAGCGAGUUCUUGCACGGACCGCUCACGUCGGCCGAGAGUAUCAACCAGGUCCGUGAAAUCCUGUCCAAUUCUGAAGAGAAGCAGAUCGAUAUUCUCUACUACAAGAAGGAUGGCACCAAGUUCAUGUGCAGCCAAGUCAUCGCGCCAAUCAAAAACGAAGCGGGCGAAGUCUGUAUGUACAUCCUCAACUUCGAAGACACCGAUGCUCUGCCGGAAGUCCCCAACAGUGCCGAACCAUCGUCGACGGUUCGCUUCAGCAAAUUCGAUCGAGCACGGCAAUCGUUCCGGCAGUCGUUCCGGAUGACGUCGAUGCGUCGCAGUCGUCGCAGCCAACAGUCAUCUGGGCUCUCGAGUCCGCCGAUCGACGACAGUGCCGGCUCGUCAGCCUCGUCCACUCAGGAUCCUGAAGUCCGGCUCGUGUCCGGAUCGAAACUGGAGAGCCCCAAAGAGGAAGAAGAGAACCCUUUCCAUUCGGAUGUCUUGCUGUCGACGGUAUGCGAAGUCAACGAGAAAAUUCUUCCGGCCAUCACCCUGAAACAACGCCGGUCGGGACGCGAUGGCGAGAAAGAUGAGGAGCAGAGACAACCCAAGAGGCGAUAUGCAGUCAACCAAGAAAGUGUGGUCCAGGAGGACGAGGAAAUUCAGUCACCAGAGCUAGAUUUGUGCGUGCUCAAGCCGCUGGAAUUCGACGCGGCCAUGAUGGACGGCCAACAAUGUCUAGCGCUGCACCAUCGGCGUCGAUUCAGCCGCCAACGGGGAUCUAUUUCUUUAGACGAAUCGGUGUUGAUUACGUCGCGGCUCAACGCACCCCUUAUUCAAAUUAUCCCGGACGGCUCGCCAACAAGGCCAUCUGGUGAUCGUGACAUGAAUGGCCUAGACGCAGAAAAUCGUGUAGGCGGGACGAUGGCAGUGAGGGGAUCGGCGGGACAUUCAAACAGCGUCGACAUGUCACCGCAUAGCCAACGGCAUUUAUUCUACACGAACGAAAGCAACCGAGGCUAUUCCGCAGCCCAUCCGUCGCCCAGACAUCCGGCUGAUCAGCAAUGCCGGAACAGUCUGCCAAGAGUCUCGCUCACAUCACUGGGCCGCGCCUUUACGCCCAGGAGCAGCUGGAACGGCAGCAAAGCCGCCCUGCUGCAGUUGCAACGUAAAUCCAGUCGAACGGACGGUGGGGUUCCUGGAUAUUUGGCCAAAAAGUAUCACUUGACGAAUGCAAGUGAUCGCUCGGCCAAGGACCAGCACCAGGGCAAUGCCGUGUCAUUGCGUCCUACCUCAUCUCUGGACGCUCUCAGCCGGCACAGGAUUUCCGAAGUGACCAAUCCUUGGCCUUUUCACGGUCUCAAUUCCAUCAACACCUCGCGAUCUCAGAUUAGCAAAAGCGUGCCCAACGCCAGUUCCGACUCUGAUCUGACGCGCUACCGCACUUUAUUGGCCGACCGGAAUUCUCAACGAGGUGACCGCAAAUCGCCGUCACUCAGCGUCGCCACAACAGCCGUGGAAGCCGCCAAAAUUAAGCAGAAUGCCAUCCACCAACAGAAGAUGGGAGAAAAAGUUGCUCAAGUCCUCUCGCUGGGCGCCGAUGUGCUUCCCGAGUACAAACUGCAGUCGCCCCGCAUCCACAAAUGGACGAUUCUGCACUACUCGCCCUUCAAAGCCGUCUGGGACUGGAUUGUCCUGUUGUUGGUCAUCUAUACGGCCAUUUUCACGCCUUACGUCGCCGCUUUCCUCCUCAACGAGUACGAUUUCAACAGCAAAAAGAGCCAGCGGUACGGAGACGAUCCCAUCGUUAUCAUCGAUCUCCUGGUGGAUGUCAUGUUCAUCAUCGACAUUCUCAUCAACUUUCGGACGACGUUCGUCAACAACAACGACGAGGUGGUGUCUCAUCCGGGGAAAAUCGCCGUCCAUUACUUUCGUGGUUGGUUCCUCAUCGACCUGGUGGCCGCCAUUCCUUUCGAUCUUCUCCUUUUCGGUUCCGACACGGAUGAGCAGACAACAACUCUCAUUGGCCUGCUGAAGACGGCCCGGUUGCUGCGGCUGGUCCGAGUAGCCAGAAAAAUCGACCGUUAUUCGGAAUACGGUGCAGCCGUAUUGUUGCUCUUGAUGGCUACCUUUGCGCUUAUCGCUCAUUGGCUAGCCUGCAUUUGGUUUGCUAUCGGAAACGCAGAACGUCCGCUGCUGCGAGCUAAAAUCGGCUGGUUGGAUCAUUUGGCCAACGCGACGCAUCAAUUUUACACCGCCAAUAACACGGGAGGACCGGGAAUCAAGUCGCGCUAUGUGACGGCUCUCUACUUCACAUUCAGCAGUUUGACUUCAGUGGGUUUUGGUAACGUUUCACCUACCACCGACUGCGAAAAGAUCUUCACCAUCUGCGUCAUGCUGGUCGGAUCGUUGAUGUACGCCAGUAUCUUCGGUAAUGUCAGCGCCAUCAUUCAGCGGCUUUACUCCGGCACGGCUCGCUACCACACACAAAUGUUGCGGGUCAAGGAGUUUAUCCGAUUUCACCAAGUGCCCAACCCUCUUCGCCAACGGCUCGAAGAAUAUUUCCAGCACGCGUGGACGUACACAAACGGUAUCGACCUGAACUUGGUCCUCAAAGGCUUCCCAGAAGGAUUGCAGGCCGAUAUGUGCCUCCAUCUCAACCGACACUUGCUCAACGACUGCCCGGCCUUUCAAGGCGCUUCGCCCGGCUGCCUCAGAGCAUUGUCGAUGAAGUUCAAGACGACCCACGCUCCGCCCGGCGACACACUGGUCCACCGCGGCGACGUCCUCUCUUCGCUGCACUUCAUCUCGCGCGGUUCCAUAGAAAUUCUCAAGGACGAUAUCGUUAUGGCCAUUCUCGGCAAGGACGAUAUCUUUGGCGAGAACCCGUGCAUCUACCCAACAAUCGGCAAGUCGUCUUGCAACGUUCGGGCUCUCACCUACUGUGACUUGCACAAAAUCAGUCGCGACGACCUGCUAGACGUCCUAGAACUUUAUCCGGAAUUUGCCGAAUCCUUCUCGUCGAAUCUGGAGCUCACCUUCAUCUUGAGAGAUGAAGAAGCGGUGGGCUUGAACCCGGUCCGUAGGUACCAGCGCCUCUCGGGUUCGGCAUCCCAAGAUCACGAAGCUGAUGUAAGGAAUCACGCUUUCCGACCGCCAAGAUUCCGCAAAUCGCACAGAAACAGGUGCUCAGACCGAGACGAAGAUAAUCUUGAUAAUUAUGACGAGGAUGAUGAGGAUCGCGAUGAAUCAUCGACAUUUGCCAAGAAUAAUACAGAUUUAGGCAAUCCGGUUGUCGCAAUUGUCUCACAAACUAUGCAGCAGACCAGAGACGUUCAUGAUAAUGAGACCACGGGAGAAUCCUCGACACAGAAAGCUUCGGACACGCCACUCCAAUUCAGCUCAGGUUUUACUGCUUCUGAAGGCAAUCCUCAAUCAAUGGAUCACAUCAAUAACCGCAUCGAUCAUUUAUCAAGGCAACUAGAGCAAUUAGAGUAUCGCAUGGUACGAGAUAUUGGACAAAUAUUGGCUCUGCUUCAGCAACAAAGCCCAACUCGUGGAGGAGUUCGUGUGCCGGAAUCCAGUCCGGGAGUUCUUGAGUCGCCGUCCGGGCAACAACAGCAAAAAACGUUAGAUGUAGAACGUCCCAAAGUAAAUUUCAUGGAGACACGCAGCUCUUGCAGCUUGCCGACCGUUGCCGAAUCACGAGCAGAAUCGCGCAUUGAUUCAUGGCAACCUGCCAAGGGCCUUUCCACUCAGCGAAGCCUGGAUUCGGCCAGCAAUCCAAGGUCUACAGGGGAAAGUAAUACAUGCCGGACACGGAAAACAGCAUUCCGAACUUCUCAGUGGCAUCCUUCGCAAGCCAGAUCGCUUACCUACGAUCCGUCCACACAGACAUUUGCUGAACCUGAACGCAGCGAAUCGGUCAGCAUGGAACCCAGUUCGGUAGUACGAUGGUCCGGUGCUUCAACUUCCGUCUCGACCUCGAGACCGACGUCCUCUGGCUCCUCUUCAGCUGUUCCAGUACCUAGAUCACCAAGUGGCGGCGGCAGCAGCUGUUGGGGAGAUGUAGAAGCCGUUGCGCAAGCUCCAUUAGCGCAAGCUCCAUUGGCGCGGCUGGAAUCGUCUGAGGAAAUUGUGUUCCCUAGUGUUGUCUGAUACAUAGACUGACUCCUUACUCGAUCGUAGCAUCAACAACGAUAUAUUCAGCAUUUCACAUCGGUUACUUCACUUUAAGCAUUUUCAGUGGCACGAUCAGUUCACUUUCUUUCCCUUUGAUCACACUUCUUUUUCUCCCGUCUCACUUUCUUUUUUCACUCUCAUAUACGCGUACCCACAUACGUGGUUUGUUGUACAGAAUUGACAUGGUACAGCAGACUUAGUGAAAUUUUGGCAUUUCAUCUGACCCACGAAACACACGGAUGGGAAUGCCGACGCGCAAUGUGUCUUAUAGCCAUUAAAAACCAAUGUCGGGCCCCCAUUUGCUCUCUGUCACCCUAUAAUGCGUUAAUCAUCUAUUAUCAUCGAAGGCGACGUGAGUGUAGGCGGAAUACCACUCUUUAUGAAUUCUCAGUUUACCUCCAGAGAUUUUGUUUCGCUCUGCAGUUAUACUAUGAUCUUUUUGUAAAUAUUUUCUCCCUUAACCACUAUUCCACAUCAGUCGUAUGACCGUAGCACAUGCAGUCCGCAGCUUGAUCUAGAAUGGCCUGCCUGGCCUGGUAAUUGACCCGGAAUAGCCGAAUCGCCCAUGCCGCCAGAAACAAACAACCAAAAUCGAAAAAUUUUCAUUUUCUUCGUCUUUGUAUCGUCCGUCGCGAAAGUCUAUGUUUUGCAUCGAAUAAUUUUAAACAAGAGCAAUCUUUUGGCACCUCGUUUUGUACUGACGGACAAAUCUCAAUGAUCGAUCGAGAAUCUCGGUCUAUGCUUCUUUUGGCAAAUCGUGGAAUGUGCAAACGAAGUUCGUAAAUCUCUUUCAAUCCAGAUUACAGAAAGCUUGCGAACUAUUCAAUUGACAGUAAGAGUGAGUAAAAGAAGACAGCUAAGACCCGGAUUUGUUCUUCUACGGUCAAACCUCUUUCGUACUAUGACGCAAUAGCGAGAAAACAUGGAAGCCGACCUAGAAAUUUGUGGUGAUAUCAGUGAAUUAAAAACAAACAAACAAACAAAAAAAACAAAAAAAACAAACAAAACAAAACAAAAAAACAGUGCAGCUGUUCCUCGUAACUCCCAAAAUAAGAAAUCUCUUAACUUACAGAAGUUGCUUCAAGGACUUCCAAAUAUUUGCGAAUCGUGAAAAAGAGCGCUGUACAAGCAAGUAAUAUCAUAGUGAUUUC